AUUAGCUCGAACUUAGAGUGAUAUGUAGUGUUACAUAAUUUUCUCUUUCUCUUUAUCACCAACCAAAAAAAAAAAUUGAAAAUUAUUUGAUCGGAAAUUUUCGGCCCUUAAUUAUAUAGUGCUAUCGUAUCGUGUUAUGUAGUGUUUAAGUUCCACGUUCAUCAUAAUUAUUUCGUUUAUCAUUAGAGAACAGUGUUAUUGAAGUGCGCUUUUUAUUAUUUGCAAUUUUAAAUAUCGUGCGGGGAAGAUGGAAAAGUUUCAGGAGCAACACGACGAAGACCAAGACCAAGUGUUCGAGGCGGAGGACCCUGAACCCAGCACCAGUUCAAAAAUCAUAAUAUCAAACUUGGACCCUACGAAACGAUUCUCAGACAUCGAGGAACUUCUAGCGCGACAUGGACGAGUAGUCGUCGUCGACAAACUCACCUCCAAAGACCCAAACUCACAGACCGUCCAGGUUGUGUACGAAAACACCGAACAGGCACAAGAGGCCGUAACCCAGCUAAAUGGUUUGGAAUUGGACGGAAGGCCCCUCAAAGUGGAAUUAGCAGAAAAACGGGGUCGAAAGGGCCCUAGAGGCCCCGGGGCCCCGUUUGGGGGCCUUCCAGGACAAAGCAGACAGACAGAUUUCCCUCUUAGGAUUUUGGUACAAAGUGAUAUGGUAGGUGCGAUAAUUGGUAGACAGGGUUCGACGAUAAGACAGAUAACACAACAGACGCGGGCGAGGGUCGACGUGCACCGAAAAGACAACGUCGGAUCCCUGGAGAAGGCCAUCACGAUCUACGGCAACCCCGAAAAUUGCACGAACGCAUGCAAGAAAAUCCUCGAAGUCAUGCAGCAAGAGGCCAACAACACCAACAAGGGUGAAAUUUCUCUGAAGAUCUUGGCGCACAACAACCUAAUCGGUCGGAUAAUCGGCAAGGGGGGCAACACCAUCAAACGUAUCAUGCAAGAGACCGACACCAAGAUAACCGUUUCAAGCAUAAAUGACAUCAACUCAUUUAAUUUGGAACGGAUUAUCACGGUUAAGGGCGUCAUUGAUAACAUGAGCAAAGCGGAGGCGCAAAUUAGCGCCAAGCUGCGGCAAAGCUACGAGAACGAUUUGCAGGCGAUGGCGCCCCAAACCAUGAUGUUCCCCGGGCUCCACCCCAUGGCCAUGAUGGCCACUGCAGGUCAGGCGCCGUAUCCGGGGAUGUACCCGGCGGGAUCGUCUCAAACGGGCGGCGACACGCAGGAGACCACCUUCCUCUACAUACCCAACAACGCGGUGGGCGCCAUCAUCGGCACCAAGGGCUCGCACAUCAGGAACAUCAUCAGGUUCUCCGGCGCGUCGGUGAAGAUCGCCCCCAUCGACGAGACCAAGCCCCAGGAGACGCAGAACGAGAGGAAGGUCACCAUAUUGGGCUCGCCUGAGGCCCAAUGGAAGGCGCAGUACCUCAUCUUCGAAAAGAUGCGCGAGGAGGGCUUCGUGGCCGGCUCGGACGACGUGCGGCUGACCGUCGAGAUCAUGGUGCCUAGUUCGCAGGUCGGCCGCAUCAUCGGCAAGGGCGGGCAGAACGUGCGCGAGCUGCAACGCGUCACCGGCAGCGUGAUCAAGUUGCCCGAGCAGGGCGCAGCGCCGACCGAGAACGACACCACCGUUCACAUCAUCGGACCCUUCUUCAGCGUGCAGUCUGCACAGAGGCGCAUCAGAGCGAUGGUGCUGCAGUCAGUAGUGCCGCCGCAGGGGCGGGCGAGGCAGCCGCGCCCCCCCAAGGACCCCAGCCAGAGCGCGGAGCCUUCGACGAGCGAAGAACAAUAAGAAAACCCAGCUAACGACCAUCACUGCCCGGUGCAUGCAGCUAAACUCUACGACGACGUAAAGCGCGAUAAAAGGGAAUCUCGUUACGGUUCGCCGCCCAAAAUCCAUCCUUCCAUGGGAGAAAACGCGAUUUUCCCCCGCCCAAUUUUUCCGCCGGCGAAAAUUAACGAGACGCGUUCGUCGCGAGCAUGCACACCAUACAAACUACCUCAGAAAAUCAAAAUAUAUUAGAAUUAUAGCCAGAUAAAUUUCAGUUUCAUAUACAGCACCAACCACAGUAACCUCAUCAUCUGCUGCAGUUAUUUUUAUUACUACUUAUACCUGAUUGCAAGGACUACCAAAGAUGAUUAUUUCGUUUUAUAUCUACAUACUUAUAGUUCGUCGUGUUAGUUCGUACAGCUUGUUAUCAUCGUAAUACACAUAACGAAAUUUCCCGUAACAACAAAGAAGCAAAACGAUUGUAGAGACAGUCACCGUUAUUCAUCUGAAGAGUCCCACUGAAGAAAUCCAGCGUUACAUCAAAAUAGGCGAAAGUUCCUCUGCAGAAGCGCAGUAUAAGAUGUAGGCAACACACGAAACUACCCGCAUCCUAUACUGCCUUAGGCUGGGCCAAAAAACGACUAUUUUUUUGUAUAUUGUUUGGGAUGACAAAAAAAAAUUAUUGUGAAAGUUUGACCUAAUAAUAUUAAUAUUAAGAGGUCUAUCUUCGCAAUUUAAUUUUUUUUUCCUGAGCGAGUUUUUAUCCUAGAACUCCCCUUGAGUUUAACAAAAUUGACUCAGAAAUAUUUUUUGAAGGAAAUUGAUUGCUCUACAAAAAAGUCCGAUUAAAAUUUUCCGUCAGAUGAACCGUUUCCUUACAAUCAUGCCUUAAAAAUUGGUAUAGUUUUAUAAUUUGAUCUUUUAACUUUGGAAUUUUGUAAUUCCGUACCCGGAAUUAAAAAUUACAAAAAAAAAUAUUUUUUUCCAAAGAAGCCUAUUUUUCCAAGGCCUGAAGAAAAUUGAUAAAUUGACAGAAAAAUUGAAUUUUGCAUUAUCCGUUAUUUACGGAUACCACGGAUAAUACGGAAAAAAUGCAAAAUUAAAUUUUUCUGCAAUUUUUCAAUUUUUGGCUUCAAAAAAAUUCCGAAAAAAGAGACGUUCCGUACCUUGCAGAAAAAAAAACAAAAAAAGGUGUUUAUAAAUAUCAUAAAAAUGCUUCAUUUACUAAAAUUUACAAAAAAAAAUCAAUUUUUCCAAAUAAGCCCAAGGCUGGGGAUAGUUGAUAAAUUUGCAGAAAAAUUGUAUUUCGCAUUAUCCGUAAUACGGAUACCACGGAAAAAAAUCGAAAUUCAAUUUUUCUGCAAAUUAUUUAAUUUUUGUCUUUGUCUUCAUUGGGAAAAAUUACAUUUUUUUCAAAAUUUAAAAAAUACACACAUUUUAAUAAAAGAUGCAUUUUUAUGUUAUUUAUAAAAAAAUACUUUUUUUUUAAUUUUACGGGUACUGAUUUUCACACGAAUUACAAAAUUCCAAAGGUGAAAGAUCAAAUUGUAAAACUACCAAUUUUUAAGGCAUGAUUGUAAGAAAACGGUUCAUCUGACGGAAAAUUUUAUUAAAACCUUUUUUGUAGAGCAUUCAAUUUUCUUCAAAAAAUAUUUUCGAGUCAAUUUUGUUAAACUGAAUGGUUUGGGAGUUCUGAGACAAAAACUCGCUCAGGAAAAAAAUCUAAAAUUGCGAUGAUAGACCUCUUAAUAUUAAUAUUAUGGACGCAAACUUUCACAAUAAUUUUUUUUAUCACCCGAUAUACUUAAAAAAAUAGUCGAUUUUUCGGCCCAGCCUAAUACUACCUACUUAACGUGGCUGUUGUAAUUUCAAGUGUGAAUGUGAAAAAAAGCUUUAAGAAUUGUUGGACCUACCACUAAACCACUAAAAUCAUCGAGUGCAACGAUUCGGCGCGCUAAACUAAAAAAAACUUUUAUGAAAAUAUUGAGUGUGAUUAAUUAUUAAUUGAUAGGAAUUGUUGGAACAAUUGACGCGCGCGCCCCUUAAUUAUUAUUUGUUGAGGAGUGGGGGCCGCGCGUGCGCGACAGAUGUCGCUGAUUAUACGAGUUGCCUGGUUUUCGACAGGCGACUAAACGAUGAAGAAGAAGAAGAAGACGAGUCGCGGAGGCUGUGCAGCCUGUUCGGCGGUUCGAUGCCUUGUGUCAAGGCCGCCGCAUCUCUAAAAGUACAAACGUCGGGAGGUAUAUUGGAUCUUCGUGCCCGUCCCGGUCAGUCCGGGCCUGUAAAAAAUAUUUUUGAUAAAAAUUAUUUGUUGGGGAGGAUAUUUUUUGUUAGAUAAAAAAUUAUGACACGCUGGGGUCACUAUUUUUAAAUUAUUAAUGAUAAUAAUGAUAUAAAAAAACGAAUAUAAAAUUAUUAUAUGUCGCUAAAUUGCCGGCCCAAGGGUAAAGUUAUUUAACCCUUGGCAUUCCAAAACAAAUUCUCCUUUAACAUUUUUUUUUCGAAUUUGCUAACCUUUAAAAUUUCCGGUAAGUCUUCGAAAAAAUUCAGAAUUUUUCAAAAUUAGGUAUCUAUUGUAAGAAUUGGAUUUUUUCCCCAAUUUUCGCAUUUUUUUCGAGCUUUUAGCAUUUUGAAAAGGAAAAGCUGAAAAAUUUGCAGAAAAAUUGAAUUUCGCAUUAUCCGUAAUCCGUAAAAAAUGCAAAAUUAAAUUUUUCUGCAAAUUGUUCAAUUUUUGGCUUUGAAAAAAAUUGAAUUUUUUUGAAAAUUUUAAAAAC